GGAACUGUUUAUAUACAAUUUCCCUUCAAAAGUGAUGGUCCUUCAAUUUACAAGGAUAACUAUCAUUCUCUACUAAAUAUACACAUUCCAAAGAGUCGGUUGCAAAAACGCUUGUUCUAGCCUCGUGCCCGCUUGUUCACAUUCAAAUCUGCCUAUUAGCUGCCUUGUGGGAUUCAGUCUAAAGGUGCAGCAUUUUAUGAUGUGUACCAUGACAGACGCUUUAGGGCCUGCAAUGUCCUUUCACUUCAAUUGACUUGUUCUUCAGUCACCUUCUGAAACUUCCUGAAUGCAGGAGACGUGGAAGUGGAGUCUGAACCGUAUAGCAUCAAUGAUGUUACUGCAGCUCUAGGGAGUUGCAGCGAGAGUCAUUUUCACAACAGUGAAGACCAAACUCGUGCUGGGUUCACAUCGCUCUACAACACAUUGUAUAAGGUGAGCAGAAGAUUCGGUUCACGAGUCUAGCACAGCAGUCUAACAUACCCAGAUGUAUGAUCCAUCAUUCAAAGCUCUCUACUACUCAAAGUUGUUAAUGAAUGAACAUCAAUAGACGGCGACAUUCUAGCUUCGCCUUCUGGCAUGACUCUCAGAAGGCGAAUUAUCUGAUGUUGAGCAAUUCACUUCCUACUUUGUAUAACUUAAUGGCAGUAGUUCUUCCCGUGCCAUGGUGUGGACCAAAGGGCCUCAGCUUUAUGCUCAGAAGAGGGAAGAGCGAGCUUGGCCACCAAAUGCAUGCUCGGCAAUCAAAGCGUUUGAUUCUUUAGGUUGAAGGUUGGUGGACGUGGAUCUUUCGCAUAUCGGGUGGUAGAACGUACGUGUUAUUCCAGUGCUAGCUUUUUUCAAAGUUAUAAGUGCUGUCAUUGUCAACUGGUUGCUUUCAAGGGCUGUACUAUGCAAAGUAUACUUCUGAGCUAACAUCAGGCAGUCUUUUUGAUUGCAUGAAUGAGUAACUUAUGCUAUCAGUUGUAUUCGGGUCUGAGGCCAUCAACCAAAAAAAGGAAUUAUUUUUUGCAUCUUUCCAAUGUCCACUACCACUUACAACCAAAAGCGCCACAGAACCCGUUCUCUGUCAACUCUGUACUUCUGCUCAAACUCAUCCUCAUGUAAUGUUCAACAAGAUAUCUUGAGGACCGAAGAGAUUGUGAUUAAACUAAGAUAAUCAAAUGGUGAAACAUGAAGCCUCGGUGUGAUGAAUAACUGAAUCUGACUUACUAAUCGGCAUCUCAUGCUCGGUCAUCCUUUCCCUCCGUGACUUUUGCAGCUUUCUGAUGUGAACUUCUUCUCCGUCUGUCUCGUACAAAGCUCUUUUCACCCCGAUCUAUGUGGACCCUAAAAUCCAAACGUUUCGUCAAUCAAACGUCUUGAUAAAUCUCAUGUCGAAGUAUUACAGUAGACUACACUUGAGUUACAGUUUGUCACCAUUCGUAGUCAGGGUCUAAAUUAGAUAAAACUUAAAUAUGAAAAUUUUCUCUAAAACUCGAAGUGAAUCAGUCAGUAUGAUACCUCUUCGUUUUCUCUUGCAGAAUAUCUGCACAGUCCUCAAGUUCACAGCUUAUCGUUUGUAUUUACGCAAAACACCAUCUUAGUCUGACCCUAAGAGUUCGUACUCCUGUGUAUUGACAAAGUUCAUAGCAAGUUGUCUAAGUUGCAAAUUUGCGACCUCCUCUGUAUUCUCCUUACUAUUUGAUUUCUAGAGAGAUUGUGGAGAUGAUCGCGGCAGGUACACCGAUUAUUCUCGGUCAUUAGAUCUUAAUAAAGU